AUGUCGAAUCGGACUUCAGACCUCAGUCAGAGACUCGAGCGCCGAAAGCAUAUCAGCAACAUCAGUGUGGUACUCCUAGACAAAAUUUUUCCGACUGAAAGGUGCUGCUCUCUUUGGCCUAAAAAAGACCCUAGUUUUCUCGAAGAGGAAGCGGUAUUGGAUACCCUUCUUGAAAAAAGGGGUGCACACAUUUUCAAUGUCGAAGAUGAUAAAAUGAAGGAAUAUUUUUGUGGAGAAACAACUGCAUAUGACCUCAGCGUGGUUACGCCUAGUGGGGAAACUCCCUCGCAGGAGUGUAUACGAAACCGGAACUCAGGGCAACUUUUCGUAUCCUCUGACUAUCCUUCAUCUAUCACGGAUCUCAAGAAGCGCUCUGAGCUGCUCCUUCUUGCUGAGGCAGAGGGAGUAUACAACAGCGCCAACGACAGAACUAACUUUCAAAGUCAACACAAAAUAGAUAAUGACCACCAAAUAGGCCCUACGUCACGCUGGAUUCGCCAGAUACUUUGCGUUUGUGACGACCUCGAGAAGCGUCUCCUUAAAGCAACCCUAAAGAAUGAAGAUGUUGACAGCGAUAAAAUCCUAUCUGUCAACAAGAAGAUAGAUGACGCUAUGGAUGAUACCUUACAAGUACCACCCACUGUAGCAUCUUUAACCUCUAUUACUGUUGAAGCAAACCCUAUCGGGGUUGCCCUCCGGUUUCCGCGCCUUCUUUCCCGCGUUCUCACGCCUACAGAGACCACAAACGACUCCCCCCGUGGGGUGUGGGAAGUCCCGGUGGUUUUACGCGUCCUUGUGCGCGCCAAUAUUGUCCACGCGGUGUGUUACAAGCCUCGUUCUACAAACGUCGUCCCGGUGUCUUUAGAUGGAAAUGAAAAUGAGGAACAACGGAAACGAGAAGUCUACGUCUCCUAUCGCGACACCGUCGCCAAACAUGAGACCCACUUCCUUUCGGCGCUGCAUAAACUUAUCGCUGUGCUUCUUCGAGCCUACCGUGAGGAGCGGCAUGGUUGUCUUUCCAGUGAUCCCCCAAGUCGCGGGACGAUGCCUCAGACGCGUUCUCUGAAGGUCCCGGUUUACCACGUACGCAUCGCUGUCGCGGAUAAGGGCGAAACGCGGUUGUUCCAACUUCGCCCGCUUUGUGACACACUAAUUACGCACUGCAUUGACCCAAGCGCCUCGUUGAUGUGGGAGAGCACGUGUGUGCUGAUGGUCUUACACAAUCUAUCGGUGAUCACCCAGGCGCUCCUGACAGUGAUGGAAGUCCUUGAAGCUGCGGAGAGAAAUAGGGAGAAAAACGUAGACUACGCCGGGAAAGACACCAUGUUGGGUAUUUCGAAUGCGACAAGGGUGGCAUCUGAAAUGAGUAUAGUACAGCUUUUGGUGGCGCUUGAUGUGUUUACGAUACACUGCACUGAGCACCCUCAAAAGAAACCGCGUAGUGGGGUUUUUAGCGACACGGUAUUGAAUGAUCAACUGACAAGAGAAGGGAACAUCUCGAAGGUGAGAAUCAAAAAACUUUCACAGGCCCUAUGGACAUUUUACAAUGACACAUGUGUGUUGCUGUUUUCACAUCCCACCACUCCGCCCUUGAUACACUGGACACAUGACCAAGCCCUUCAGUCGCGCAUCACAACUUUUUUGACUUCUUACUCUCCUGCCCUUCCAGGGCCUUUCAUGGACCUCUAUAACGAAUAUCUUCAGCAAAGUCGUAGCAACGAGUUUAGAUAUCCUCUCAUUCCUAUAGACAUUUGUGAACCUCUGGGAAGUACGGAAAGCACUUUGUUAAGGCUCUUUCUGGAGACGAAUAGGUCUUUUAUUGAUCACACUGUGACUCCUUUACGUCAUUUAAUGAUACCUCCAUCCAUACUUGUGCAUUGUCGUCAAGGUGUCUCGCGUAGCCCCAGCGUGGCAUCGAUGUAUUUUAUAUCAAGUAUGAAACAUGCAUUGAGAAACUGGAAGCACAAUGACGAAAAGGCGAAUCCUGAUCUCGCAUUAGGUCAAGGCUCAGAUGGAGAAGAAGGAAAUCAAUCUUCGAUGACUUUUGCGCGCUUUAUGAAUAUACUAAGAGAAGCGCGUCCAAUCAUUAACCCCAAUAUAAGUUUUUGUGUUCAACUGGAAUCUUUUUACCGCCGCAUGCUCAAAAGCUAA